AUGACGGACGCAAACGCACUGUCAGAUUAUCAGUUCGACGUCGCCGGCAUCAAAGAGUUGGGCUUUGCCCUUGGUCUACCCGCUGUAAUUGUCACUGAGACGAGAAAUCGAGUUCACCGAGAUGAAGCAAUGUGCAUCGUGCUGGGCCAUUUGACUAUUCCGGUUCGCCUCCACACCAUGUCGACAACGUUUGGCAGAUCACGAUCCUCCUUGUGCGAAAUUUUUCACCACGUCAUCAUUAAACUAUACGACCGGUGGGGCUCGCUGCUCUACCUCAACAAGAAGUUGCUUGCCCAGAACAUGGAUCGGUACUGUGACGCUGUAACUGCCAAGGGGGCGCCGUUGUCCAACGUGUUCGGUUUUAUCGACGGCACGACGCUCCAGACGUGCCGCAUAUCCUCGACCGGCAGUGGCGAAAACUUGCAGUGGCAAGUUUACUGUGGUCACAAGCGAAUCCACUGCCUCAACUACCAGGCAGUGACAGCACCCGAUGGCAUUUGCUUGCACUUUUUUGGCCCCGUUGAAGGUCGCCAACACGAUGCCACGAUGCUGCGACAUAGUGGCUUGAUGGAACAAUUCGCUAAUGAUCGUUUCUUGUUUGAAGGUAAGGUCAUGUAUGGUGAUCUCGCCUAUGGCAUUAUGCCAUUCUUGCUUUCUGGCUUUAAGGGAAACAGUUUGACGGCAAAGAGGCAAGAGUUCAAUAAGUGGAUGAGUUGA